AUGUCUCCUGCCAAUGGCCACGUCAAUGGCGGCAGCGGAAGCGGUAGUGUCAGCGCCUCAUCUUCCGUCUCUUCAUCGCAGCCCCUCAAUGGCAAAGCUUCCCCUUCGUCCAAGGCUCCGGGUGGGAAGGCACGUAAGCGUGUUCUCGUCGUAGGUGCAGGGUCUGCCGGUAUGUCGGCAGCCUACUCCCUCUCCUUAUCUCCAGGCGAGUUCGAAGUGGUGGUGUACGACAAGGCUCCCACCGCAGGAGGUUCCGCCACCUCCUAUCAGCUCCCUGACCCCAAGUACUAUGGCGCAGACUAUAUCAAUGACGGUGUGCAGGGCGCUAGCCCGGUCUUCUACAACACCUUCAAGAUGUUUGAGGAUGUCCUGGGCUUCAAGUCUACCGAAGUUGGUUUGCAGAUCAGUUUCGGCAAAGGCAAAGAGACAUUCUGGAGCAACGUCUUCCCUUCGGAGCUAGUGGACAAGUUUUCAGAUGACAUCAAGAAGUUCGGCAAGACGCUGCAUACCAUCAAGCGCUUCGAGCCCAUCUUCGCCAUGAUCCCCGUGGAUCGCAUGCUCAAAAUGUUCCGCUUCUCGCCAGACUUUGGUGAGCGCAUGCUCUUGCCCCUAGUGGCUCUCUUCUUUGGUACUGGAAAUGAGACCAAGCACGUUUCUUCGGCCAUUGUGGAGAGGGUGUUCCUUGACCCCUCGAUGCGAUUGUUUGAAUUCAGCGAGGAGAGUCUCCUGGCCAGUGUGCCAAAGAUGAUGUCCUUCCCGGAGCUCAGCAGACUGUACGGCGCUUGGAGGAGAAAGGUAGAGGAGAAUGGCAAUGUGAGGGUGGAGACUUCGCGAGAGGUGUUUGAGAUCUACAGAGGCACCAACGAAGCAAAGCAAAAGGGUGGCAACAUCCUCGCCAAGUCUCGCAUCGCCGACGUCAGGGAGGAGGUGUUUGAUGAGCUGAUCAUGGCUUGUGAUGCCGACAGUGCCCUCAAGAUCCUGCAGGCCGGCUCAGGCCCAAGCUGGAAGGAGAAGAAGGUUCUCGGCAACGUCAAGUACAAGUGGGACAUCACUGUUACCCACAACGACAUGGACUACAUGAAGAAGCACUAUCAGAUGACCUAUGACUCCAAGUACAAUGCAGAGAGGGAUGAUGAGGAAAGCAAGAAGGCCUUCAAGUAUGCCGAGGAGAACUGGCGGCCUCUGUACUUGAUCAAGAUGUAUGAGAAAGAUCCUUCAUUCAUCGAGAUGAGCUUCGAUCUGACACAUUACCAGGGACAGUUCAAGGGCAACUCGCCAGUUGGGCCAGGUGCGCGCAUCAAAGAGGAGGACGCUCCGCCUUCAGAGAGGAAGGCUUCGAACAAUAAUCCCACCACGGAUGCACACAAGGACCCCAAUCAUGAAGAGCCUCCGUACGACCAGCACGUGUUCCAGACCAUCUACUUGAACAACGAUAUGAAUGAUUGGUGGACAAAGGAGGAAGUGGCAAAGGACAAGAUCAUCUGCGAGACGUGGUGGAAGCAGCAGUCGCAUGCCGCCAGCCAUUUCCGUGGGACCGUGCCCUUUAUGUGGGCCAUCAAUGGUCCCAAUCACACUCAGUACGCCGGAGCGUGGACUCUGAUCAACAUGCACGAGAUCGGAAUCUGCUCGGCCUUCAGUGCAGCUUAUGCAAUUGGAGGCAAGUACCCUUUCAAGGACGAUGAGAAUUGCGCUAGGCUCUUCAAGCUCUAUCACGGACUUAGUCGGUUGAGCAGGGUGAGAGCGGAGGACCGCAAGGGCUUCUUUGCAUGA